AUGGCAACAGUAGUGGACGCUCUGGUGUUUCUCAUGAAUCAAAUUUUGGGUGAUAAGUUGAAGAGUUUUACCGGAGGAGGUGGUGAGGACGACAGUAAAGCAUGAGCAGAUGGAAAGGAAACACCAGAGUCCAAAGGCAAGUCCAGGGAGGCAUUUGAAGAGUACCAGAGGCAGCUGUUGGAACAAAAGUGAGUAAGCAGAGAUAGUGCUCAAGACACUGCAACACUUCAGAUGGCCGGAGAUGACACUGACAUGCCAGGGGACCUUGCAAAAGAAAUGGUGGAUGAAGACGAGGAAGAGGAGGAGACCAGUGAUUCAUUCCUCCAGGAACUUCAAACCAUGGAUGUGGACACACUGAAAACCAAAGCACAGGCCACAGUGACAGAGAUAAAGCAGACUGCAGGGGAGAAGUGUACUCUCAUGUGA